GUUUUAAAUGUCAGGCGGUGCCUCAAACCCAACACACUCCUUCAUUUUCCUGUUUCAGUUAGAUUCUAGAGCUGAGGAGAGACCAGCAGUGUGAAAUGUCUCUGUGGACAAACCGGGUCAGGAAGUGGGACACGCCGUCCCACUUCCUGACCCGGUUUGUCCCACAGAUGGCUCAGAUAAAUCUGCUGUCGCCACACAUCAGGGCCUUUCUGGCAGUUUGGUUGCGUCGGUGAUUAAGUCCAGCUGCAUGUCGCCUGUCCUGCAGGAGUGAAGGAAGCGAGCGGGGACGAUGCUGCGGACAGGAAUGCAUCUUCUGGCGCUGGCGCUGUGUGUUUCAGCUGGUGGAGACUUUGACUGGGCCAAAAAUGAGAAAACCUCUUUCUACUACGGGACCUUCCCAACUGGUACGAACUGGUUUCUCCUGGGGAGUCGGCAGCUCAGCCUAUCAGACCGAAGGAGCGUGGAAUACAGACGGGAAAGGACUGAGCAUCUGGGAUGUUUUUGCUCAUAAAAAAGGAAGAAUCUCCUCAAACGAAACGGGAGACUCUUCAUGUGAAGGCUACUACAAGUUCAAGGAUGACAUUAACCUGAUGAAGGAGAUGAAGCUGAAUCAUUAUCGCUUCUCCGUUUCCUGGCCCAGGAUUUUACCCAGCGGCUUGAGAAGUGAGCACGUUAACGAGAAAGGAAUCAGGUAUUACAGCGACCUGAUCGAUUUGCUCCUGGACAGCAGGAUCACACCUGUGGUCACUCUGUACCACUGGGAUCUACCUCAGGUGCUGCAGGACAAAUAUGGCGGCUGGCAGAACGCCAGCAUGGUCGGCUACUUCAAUGAAUUCGCCGACUUGUGUUUUGAACGUUUUGGGAACAGAGUGAAGCACUGGAUCACCUUCAACAACCCCUGGUCCAUUUCUGUGGAAGGAUACGAAACGGGGGAGCACGCCCCCGGACUGAGGAUGAGGGGCAGCGGAGCUUACAAAGCGGCUCACAACAUCAUCAAGGCCCACGCUGAAGUCUGGCACACCUACGACAUGAAGUGGAGAAGCAAGCAGAAAGGUCUGAUCGGGAUCUCCCUGACCGCUGACUGGGGCGAACCGGUGGACGUGUCCAACCAGCGGGACGUCGAAGCGGCGGAGCGCUACAUCCACUUCUACCUGGGCUGGUUCGCCACGCCGCUCUUCCACGGAGACUACCCAGCGGUCAUGAAGGAAUACAUCGGCAGGAAGAGCGGCCAGCAGGGCCUGGGCGCGUCGCGGCUGCCCGUCUUCUCGCCUCAGGAGAAGAGCUACGUCCGUGGCACCGUCGACUUCCUGGGCCUCGGACAUUACACCACCCGCUACGUCACCCAGAAGAACUACCCAUCCGGGUUUGGGGACAGUUACUUCGCAGACCGGGACCUGGCGGAGCUGGUGGACCCGAAGUGGCCCGACCCUGGUUCUGAGUGGCUCUACUCGGUUCCCUGGGGUUUCCGGAGGUUGUUGAACUUUGUGAAGACCCAGUACGGAAACCCCAUGAUCUACGUGACGGAGAACGGCGUCUCGGAGAAGAUGCUGUGCACCGACCUGUGUGAUGACUGGAGGAUGCAGUACUUCAGGGAAUACAUCAACGAGCUGCUGAAAGCCAUUAGAGACGGCGUCAACGUGAAGGGUUACACCGCCUGGUCUCUGCUGGACGGCUUCGAGUGGGACGAAGGCUUCUCUGAGCGCUUCGGACUCUACUUUGUGGACUUCAGGAACAAGAACAAACCUCGCUUCCCAAAAGCUUCGGUCCAGUUCUACAAACGCAUCAUCAGCUCCAACGGCUUCCCCAACCAGAGAGAGGUGGAGAGCUGGAAGAGGAAAGCUGUGGAGACGUGUUCCUCCAGCAACCAGCUGCUGGCUGCAGAUCCACUGAUCGGCCACAUGGAGAUGGUCACAGAGAUCCUUGUUCCCACCGUCUGCACGCUCUGCAUCCUCCUCAGUGCCGUCUUCUUCAUGUUUCUGCUGCGCCGACGCCUCUGAGGAACGCCCGGGUCGCCUCGUCUGUGGAAGCAAAGCUCAGCAGGAACCAAUGAGAGCGGCGUCUUCCUGUUGACUGCCGUGCCGUUCUGUUCCAGUCGGGUCAUCAAUAAACAGUCAGAACAAGCAGAAUAUGAUUAUUAAUCAACAAAUUUAGUAAGCCUGGUUUACGGUUGAACUAAGACUGGACUGAACUGUUCAAACAGUUUCUGACUGGAAGAAACAACCAGGCUGAAUUUUGUUUUUACUGUUAUGAGUUUCAUCAUAUUUAAGCUUUUAUUACCAGUUGUAUUUCUAAAUUUGAUAUGACAAUAAAGUGAUUUAAAUGUG